AUGUCUUGGUAUGGUUUCCAGUGUUCGCCAUUACAUGGGCCUUUACCUUCCCCCCAUCUUGUUUUUGGCCCCUCCGGCUGCCAUGCGCCCACGUCCCAGGUGCCCGAGACCCGAACCAAGAAGAGCCAUGGCCGCCUUGCCCUCCCCGGGCCCACUAGCUUCAACCGUGGGUUAGGGAUGAAGCGUGGCCGGCCUUUGAGAUGUCGCUGGAAGCUGCAAACAACCUGGCAGGAAGAGCAGCCCCGUGAAGCUGGGAGCGGCGCAACGGAUCCAAUACCAACAUCUCAUCACACAUUCAUGACCAACAUCGCUUUCAUCUUUUCAUCCACAAUGUCCGAGUGCGUGACAGUCAACACUCUCGUCGCAGCCUUGGCGCACAAGGUCUUCCUCGCCAACAUAUGGCUCCUCGUGUUCUCCGUCAACAUACUCUCGUCAAGACCUCCGGGUGUCCAUCGCAUUCCCCUACGUACCUCGACCAUUGACACCGAGUCCUUCCGCGCCACUUCUACCGAAGAAGGAACCAUCGGCAUCAUCAAGGGAAAGAAUACUAUAGGUGCCUUCAGGUUAGCUUCUCCGCUGGAAGUCAUGUCCCAACGCACCACUGACAAAACAAAGCAACAGCUGCUGCCCCUACCACAGACAGCACGCUUUUCCAGCCCAGUUGGGGCACCCAGAAAGCUAUAA